AUGGCUGUGAAGAUUGCAGUGGUGGUGAAGGAGUUUUUGCACCAUCCUGGAAUACUGCACAACAUCACUGAAAAUGAUGAGAGAGAGUAUUGUUUCAGAUUAGUAACUAAUACUGAAGGACAAAAAUGGUUUGGCCAACCAGGAAUUCAACUUAAAGUUUCUGCUCUUCAGGUAAAGGCACCACAGCUGGUGCUGGAGAAACAAACAGUCGGUCUGAUCUGUGAAACCACAUGCAGUCUGACAGACGCAUUCAUCUGGUACAAAAAUGGACAGACUUUAAAGAUCCACAGCAAAACACUCCAGCUUCAGUCAGAGCGCAGUGAUUCUGGCCGUUACAGCUGCGCCGUCAGAGGACAUGAACAUCUGCCCUCUCCUGCUGUCAGCAUCACUGUCGUGUAUCCUCCAAAGAGCGUCUCAGUGUCAAUAAAUGGAUCUGGUGAAAUAGUGGAGGGAGAUUCAGUGACUCUGAUCUGCAGCAGUGAUUCAAAACCUCCUGCUCUGAACUUCAGCUGGUUUAAGGAGAAUCAAAGCUCAGCUGUUGGAUCUGGACAGAGUUUCAGCAUCUCCAGCUUUAACUCCAGUCACAGUGGACGCUACUAUUGUGAGGCUCAGAAUCAACAUGGAUCUCAGAGAUCAGAGUCUGUUUCAGUCUCUGUUAAAGGUGCUUGGAAUAUCAUGUUUAUCAUUGCUGUCUGUGUCACUACUGCAUUUGCAGCUGGAUUUGGGCUUUUGUUUCUCAUCAUCGUCAUUGUGCACAAAAGGUCGACGUCUGCAGGAAAGGCCUCUGAAUCCGGAGAUGCUGAAAAUGCUUCUGUCCAAGAUGGCAGAGAUACAGACACAAAGAAAUCUGAAGAGGAGGAGAUUGAGUACGCCAGCAUUACAAUUCACCAUCCUGCUUCUGAAGCCAAGUGA